AUGGAAGAAGAAGUCGCGUACUACUCCAAGGAUUUUGAUUGGAAUGAUCUGCGCGAAGAGGUGGAAAGCGCACAGCCUUGGCAUGGGAGAAGUUUCACAGCCGACACUCUCAAAGCAUCUUCUUUAAAGACGUAUUUUGUUCCAGAGCAAGUGUAUGCUUGCGACCUCAGUGAGGCUGCCGUGAGCCUCACAAACAAAAUGGGAGAUAAAGCUUUGAAUGAGCAAGCAACGUCGAGGCUGCGGACUUUUGUUUGCGAUCCUUCCUGUGAGGCACUUCCGGCGUGGCUGGCUUGUGACGCCUGUCGAGCCUCCGACUUUGGUAUCAAGAGCUUCCUUAUUUUCGCUCUUUCCGCGCUGGCAGAUCUGGAUCAAAUGAGCAACCUUCUCAAAGAAUGUUGCUCUGUACUCCGACCCGGUGGAAUGCUUCUCUUUCGAGAUUAUGGUAUGCUAUUUCUCCGUGAAGUUGAACUGGAGUACUGCUGCAUUAAGCUGGUGAAUCACAAAACUAAAGUUCCUAUGAAGCGAGUCUGGGUUCACGCAAAGUUCAUGAAGCCUGACCAUACGUAA